AGAAUAAUCCUAAAUACUUUAUAUGGUAGUUAAUAUUAAAGAUUAGAUUAAAUUAUUAUUUUCGAAUUUGCUACAAUAAAAUAAAGAGCAGUAUUAUAAGAAUGUAAUUUAGAAGGAAAAAGUAAGGUUUCUUUUCGUAACGAAACGACGUCGGAGAUGGUAGUAAGGAAAAGGAAAGGAGAUUGAUUCGCCCUCGUCUUGUCCAAGGGAGAAUCGGGGGUUUCAUCAAAUGCCUGUGGCAAUUGCAAAUGCAGCAGCGCCAAGCUUUCGUCACUUCAACAAACUUAAACUCAAUACUCGAUUAUCUUCCUCACUGGGCGCCGUUCAUCGAGAUAAGAAAGAUAUGGUCGCAACAGCCAGUAGCAGUACCCCAAAUGCUGGCGCAUACACCACCAUUAAAGAGAUUGUAAGAUUCGAAAAAGAAAUCAAGAAGAGCAAGUUCAUCGCUAUCGCUGGCCCUGUCUCCAGCGAGCAAUCUGCCUUCUCGUUUCUCUCUCAGGUGCGGGAUCCGCGAGCUACUCACAAUUGCUGGGCGUAUCAGGUUGGAGAUCAAUAUAGGUCUAAUGAUGAUGGCGAGCCAUCUGGUACAGCUGGAAAACCAAUUCAUUCUGCUAUUGUUUCUUCAGGUAUUGACAGAGUCAUGGUGGUUGUGAUCAGGUACUUCGGAGGUAUCAAACUUGGCACUGGGGGACUAGUCAGGGCUUAUGGAGGAGUAGCUUCCGAAUGCCUGAAGAGUGCCCAAACAUGUGUUGUGAAAUCUAAGGUUCCAAUGGGUGUGGAGGUACCAUUUGAUCUUUUAGGGGUCUUGUACCACCAGAGUGGUGAUCGUUCGGCUCCAGCAAUACAUGUUGCAAUCUUUUCAAGUUGAGGACAUUAAGCAGGAUUAUGACAGUGGUAAAGAUGGUAUUACUAUGGUGACAUUCAAGGUUGAUUUCGAUUGUGUUGAGAAGUUGGAGGAUGCUAUCAAAUCUAACUGUAGCCGUGAAUUAGUCUUUUACAAGCGAUAAGUUAUACAGUUACUCUUUGUACAUGAAUGCAGAGAAGGGAGGUACACAUCAAUAUAAAGAUGAAAUCAAAUGCGCAUACAAUUAAUGGUGGGUGGUAUGAGGUAGGUGACUGAUGGCUUUGUACAACUAGUUACAUUGCAGAAUAACUUAGAAGUCCUUUGUAAAAUACAUUUCCCAUACUAAUAAAUAUUGAAUUUGUCCACUUUUUGCUUCA